AUGGAGAGAAGACGCGAUCAAGGCUUUGACCAAGGAGUAGAAGGAAAGCCCAAUAAAUGGGUCAGUCUGAGGGCUGAACUAGCAAAGGUAAACUGACAUUUUUUCAUUUCCAAAGGUUUUAGAAUGUUGUUUAAAGUUUUUUAAAACCUUAUUUAGUCUUUAAACUAAUUUUUCUCUUAUUAACUUCAAAACUUCAAAAAAUUUACUAAUUUAUUCUCAUUUUUCAGCGUGGGUCAAAAGAACAUGAACUUCUUUGUCUUCAAGACGCGUCCGAUCAGCACGAUGUUCACAGUGAACAAGAUGUUCAGAACCAGAACGAUGUACAGAAUGUCAAACAAGAAGCUCUAGCUUUCCAAGCCUCUCCUCUACCACCAGUCCGACUGUUCAACUACUGCAUCUACUCAUUUGAUCCCGAGUUUAGUGAGGACGACUUCAAACAGUUCGCGGCCGAAUUCGUGCGCGUUGCUUGGGAACACAAUCUGAUGGUUGGCGAACCGAUCGAGAUGGAGACUUAUGAGCUGGAGAAGCUUGAGGAUUGCUUCUUUUCUGCUGUCGAUGCUGAAGCUCAAUUCGUUCUGGUGUUCACUGAGGGAAGAGAUGCUUUGUUUCAUCGUAAGUUUGUUUUUUGAAAGUGUUUUUGUUUUUAGGUAUUAAAAUACAGAGUAAAACGUGACUUUUGGAUUAAUUUCUUACCUAAAAUAAUUAAAGAAAAGUGUUUCUCAGCUUUGUGACACCUAAAAUGACUGAAACAAGCUUGUUAUGAACGUUUUGUUACCUAAAAAACCCAUGGUUUUACUUUUCUUUCAAUAUUAAAGCUUAGAAUUUGCCAAAACUUGGUCCUUCAAUACCUAAACUUCUUAUAUUUUCAGAAAAAAUCAAGCAAUUGGGCACAAAGCACGAAAUCUGCACCCAAGAGCUUCGUAGUCGUCAUGCCACUCGAGCUGCCGGGAUUCGCGAAGCGAAGAAGAGCUCCAUCAUGGCCACUGUUGUCAAAAAUGCUCGCGAGAAGUUGAUCAAGAGGUUCGGCGAGAAAGUCUUGGAGAAAAGUUACACUGAGCUACUGGCUCCGAUUUGUGAAGCAGAUGGUCAAGCAGCGCUAGACUACAAAAAUUGCAACAGGUAUCUAUUCAGACAACUGUUGGUCGCCGAGCAAGAACGUAUGCUGCACGAUGAGUUGGAGAAGGACGAAGCGGAACGGCUGGCUGAAGUCGUGGCGAGUCAUGAAGAAGAAGAUGAAGGUGUUGUAUCGGAUUAUGCAGAAGAAGAUGAAGGGGUUGUGGCGGAUGAUGAAGUUGGUGAUGAGCAGAAGGAGUCGGUAUUGGUCAUUAACUUUGGCAGAGUAAAAUUUUUGGAGAUGUAA